AUGCAGGUAAGCCUAGAGCUACCGCAUCUACCCGAGUCUAGAUAUAUUACAUUCCAGAUGCCAUGCUCACCGACCUCUUCCGACGACGCAGUCAAGUGGACACCGCUGUGCAUAGUCAAAUUCGAUAGUCUCGACGUGAGCUAUGAGUGA